AUGAAAUUCAUUAAGCCCAGUUGGCUCACCCAUUCCGGAGAACAGAAAGAUUUCGAGGUCUAUAGUUGUCACGUAUCGCCGGAUGGGAGCAGGCUCGCUACUGCGGCAGGAGAUGGCCAUGUGCGAAUAUGGUCCACCGAUGCCAUUCUCCAGGCAGGAGAUCCGAACUACUCCAAGCCCAAGCAGUUAUGCCAUAUGAGCUAUCAUUCGGGGACGAUUCACACUGUCAGGUUUUCCCCAAAUGGACGUUGGCUGGCGUCGGGCGCAGAUGACAAGAUUAUCUGCAUUUACCAUCUCGAUACGAAUCCGCCAGCGCAUUCCGCUUCAUUCGGAACAAAUGAACCACCGCCCGUUGAGAAUUGGAAAAUCCUAAGGCGGUUGAUUGGACACGAAAACGAUGUACAGGAUCUGGGUUGGUCCUACGAUUCCUCGAUACUGGUCUCCGUCGGCUUGGAUUCGAAAAUCGUAGUUUGGUCUGGGCAUACAUUCGAGAAACUGAAAGUGCUGUCUGUUCAUCAAAGUCAUGUUAAAGGCAUUACAUUCGACCCGGCGAAUAAGUACUUUGCGACUGCCAGCGAUGAUCGCACAAUCAAGCUCUUUCGUUUUACAUCUCCGCCUCCUAAUGCUACCUCCUACGACUCGAUAAAUAACUUUGUUCUCGAGCAUACCAUCGUUGCACCCUUUGCGUCGUCCCCUCUCACAACCUACUUCCGAAGGUGUUCUUGGUCGCCGGAUGGAAAUCACAUUGCCGCAGCAAAUGCGGUCAAUGGACCUGUGAGCUCAGUCGCUAUUAUAAAUCGAGGAUUGUGGGAUAGUGAUAUAAAUCUUAUUGGCCACGAAGGACCGACGGAAGUCUGCACGUUCUCUCCACGUUUGUUCAGCAGGCAGGAGUUCACCCCGGAAACUACAGAUAAUAGCGGUUACAGCACCCAAGCGCUGGUUACGGUUAUCGCAUGUGCUGGACAAGACAAAACUUUGAGUAUUUGGAAUACUAGUUCUUCGAGACCUUUGGUGGUAUGUCAAGAUUUGGCUGCGAAAUCGAUAUCGGAUCUUGCAUGGACUACGGAUGGCUUGACGAUUUUUGCAUCAAGUUUGGACGGCAGUAUUAUUGCUAUUGAGUUUGAGCCAGGCGAGCUUGGUCAUAUUGCUCCCUGGUCGGAAAACGACAAGGCUUUGCAGAAAUUUGGUGUUAAUCGAAGGGGUGUUGGUGUUGUAGAAGAUGUUGCUGCGCUGCUUCUUGAAGAUAGAAGUAAGGCUGGAGAAUUACGAGGAGCUGAGGGGCGAAUGGGCGCGCUCAUGGGAGAUGUGGCAUCGAAUCCCCCACCUGUAUUGAAUGGAAAUGGAAAUGGAAAUGGAGCUUCGACACCAAUGGCCGGAAUAGUUCCUUCUCAGCCGUUGAUACCAAACGGACGCCCGGCGCAAGAUUCACCCGCCCCAACACCUGCACCGGCUGAGGAUAUAAAUUCUGCUAAACUGGAUGCCAUGAAGCAACGUGUGACUAUUACAAAGGAGGGGAAGAAGAGAAUUGCGCCACUGCUUGUUUCAUCAUCUGGCACGGGAUUAUCAUCACUACCCCAGUCCCAGUUGAUGGCAGCAAGUUCUAGCAACGCCCAGAACGACGCUCCGCAUUCAAUAUUAGAUCUGUCGAAGCCCUACGACGGCCUUCCAAGGGGAGGUUUAUCAGCCAUGUUGCUUGGAAACAAACGAAAGGCUGUUGUACUGGACGACGAGGAACUCGAGGACCAACCUAACAAACGACCUUCUAUGGGACAAUCUAAUGGGCCCGUUCAGAUUAUGGUCAAUGGAGUCAAUGGUUUAGAGCCUGCGAUCCCCGCCCCGCCCCAAAAUGGAAUCGUAGUGACCCCCGAGUUCAUUCGACCGGCGGUCAUCAACCCCGCUCUUUCUGUCAGCCAAGUGCGAUUAGGGGUUCCUAAAGUACGAACACAUAUUUUAAGAUCCCUUGAUCGUGGUACUUUACCACCACCAAAUCCUGGGACCAACGGUAAUAACGGAGUAGAAGAGUCUUCGAAAGCCGUAGACGAUGUUAUUUUCGAAGCUCUGAACCCUGGUCCUAAUCCAGCACAAAUAAGAGAUCCAUCCAAAAUCAGUGCGACAAAACGAGGCGUCACUCUAUGGCAAGACUUUCUGCCUAGAGCAGUUAUUCUCGUUACCGGAAACAAGAAUUUCUGGGCGACUGCGUGCGAGGACGGAAGCAUUUACACCUGGACUCCAGCUGGAAGAAGACUACUUAACGGUUUAAUUCUAGAAGCGCAACCUGUCAUAAUUGAGUGCAGAGGGUGGUGGCUGCUUUGCAUCACGGCAGUUGGCAUGUGUUACGUCUGGAAUCUCAAAUCACUUUCAGCACCGCACCCCCCUGUGUCUCUUGCGCCGAUAUUGGACAUUGCGAUGCACUCUCUAGGUACACAUACCACAAGUGGUCCGGGUGUAACAUCUGCACACUUGAAUUCCAACGGCCAUAUUAUUGUCACGUUGAGCAAUGGCGACGGAUACCUUUACUCGCCAAAGAUGUUCGUGUGGCAACGCUUAUCAGAGGCUUGGUGGGCCGUCGGCAGUCAAUACUGGAACUCGAACGACUCUUCGAUCAGCAGCUUACAAUCAACUGGUGUUGGUCCUGACUCACGACGCGAUGGCGAGGUCACUACCUCGAAUAUUUCUGCUGGUAUUAUCCCCUACCUCGAGCGCCAUACAACAAAUGAAGUACUGCUCAAAGGAAGAGCGUACCAUCUCCAACGUCUUAUUAAGAGUCUGCUCGCUCGAGAUGGUUUCGAAACUUUUGAAUCUGGUGUUAGUAUUGCUCAUCUCGAAAACCGCGUUGCAGCAGCUCUGCAACUGGGUGCCAGAGACGAGUUCAGGAUAUAUUUAGUCAUGUAUGCGAAGCGAUUAGGUGCCCAAGGGCUGAAGACAAAGGUUGAGGAGCUUUUGCGGAGUAUCAUGGGUGGUAUUCUCAAAGAAAAAGAAGGCCCAGACUCUGAGAAAGGCGAGGGCUGGCUCAGUGAAGAUGAGGAGCUCUGUGGUUGGGAUAGGAAGGAGCUCCUGAAAGAGGUUGUACUAAUACUUGGGAAAUUCAGAGACUUGCAGCGAUUGACAGUCCAAUAUGCAAGAGUUCUUGGCCUCGAGGACGAUGAAAACGGGGCUUGA